CGAUUCAAGGCAUUCAACAGAAAUGGAUAUAGAUAUUAUAUUUGUAAGCCAAGUACUAAACAAUGGAUAAAACUACCGAAUCCUAGAGUACGUUUUGAAACUGUUAAAGUUGCCCUCAUUGUGUUGAAAUCGAAUCCCCUGCAUUUCAAGAUCAUAAGGUUGUCAUCACCUCGAACUUGUUAUCAUCAUUAUAGAGUAUUAGGAAAGGAUUACUAUCGUCGUGAAGUUUUUGAUUCAGAGAAUUGGAAGUGGAAGCAAGAAAAGGAUUUGUUAGUCCCUGAAUUAUUGUGCUUUGACAUGUUUGCUCCAGCAGUUCAUGCAACUGGUUUGGUUUAUUUCAAACUACGCGAUGAUCUAGUAAUGGCUCUAGAUUAUAAUGGGGAAGAGGCUUUCCCUAGAUUUUCACUUCCAAAUCAAGCUUUUGAUUAUGAAGAUUAUCGAUAUAACCAACUCGUGGAGUAUAAUGAGAAGCUUGGGUUUACCUGUUUAUCACCACGAGGGAUAGGAUUUUGGGUUUUCGAGAAUGAGAAUUGUGUUUGGGAGUUGAAAAAGGAAGUAGGCAUUGAAAGUAUAAAGGAGGUGACAAAUUUUUCAAUUCCUUGUGGGAUUUAUAAUGCAGGCAUUGCUUUGAUGAAGGAUUACUAUAAAGUUUACUUUUACAAGCUGCAAGAUAAGAGCUUUAACGAGGUGAAACUGAAUAAAUGUCGUGAUGUACAAGAAGUUUUCCCUUUUCGAUCAGAUUUAGAGCCACUUGAUCUGAGAUUACGACAAACCAACAACACUUUUUCAUCGAACAAACUCUUCUAUCGUCUCUUUUUUAUUUUCUCAAGUAGUUUUUUUGCUUUCAUUUUACUUAUUCGCGUGUUGUCUUACCACGGAUGACCUGCAGAUUCUGUCAAAAUUAAUGUUGUCUUGUAUUUUUUAUAGUAAAAUUUUCUAUUUUACUAACUUUUUCCUGGAUUCCUAUUUA